UGAGCAGCCAGCCAAGGGCCUGUGAUCUGAAGCACACUCAUUCACUCUCUGGGCUGAACUCCAGGUGGCUAAAGGCAUGAUGCGCCGCUCCAGAUGUACCCAAGCCAGCUGCUGAAUAGUGAAAUCUAUUCGUUUGCACUCAAGUCAUAUAUCACAUUGCUGUGUGUGCGUAUGUUUUUGAUUACGAAUGCUUUACUAUACACUUAACAUUUGGAUGGUAAGUGUAGUUUUGUUGUUGUUGUUGUAGUCACCUGCCUGAGGGUUUUCUACACUAAAUAUAUGCUGUUUCUCUUUAUGUGCAUGGCACAUUGAUUACAGUCUUGCAUCCCUUGGCCAGUCAGGAAACUAAACCAGCAUCGAGCUACCACUGACACCCUGUGGUCAUCUGUUGAAAAUACACCACCUUCAGGUCCAAUGGUAUGCUGCAUUGCUGUUAAAGUGAUGCUCCAGUAGUUUUAGACAUCAGUGACUGUCCUGGUGAUGGAGAAUGCAGGGCCUAGAGGGAGCUAUUUGAAGCUUGAUAACUGUCCUCAAGUGACAUCACUUGAGUUGGACAAACAUAGGACUUGUUCCAAGCCACCGCUGUUCUGUGUAAAAACUAAAGGCUAAUGUGGAAGUUCUGUCACACACUCCAGGCGGCUAAAGGCAAGAGGAUUCCCUCCAAACCAGCUGCCAUCAAGUCAUACAUCGCAUUGCUGUGUGUGUGUGCGUGUAUGUGUGUGUGUGUUUGUGUUUUUGACAUCAUUAAUGCCUUGCUAUACAUUUGACAUUCUUAGCAAAGAAGCUACAAAUAUUGAAAUGUAUGGCCUUUUUGGGUAGUAGUAGUAGUAGCUGUAGUCUUUGUUGGAUGCCACAGACCAGAUCAUUUGAUAUCAAGUGUUUCUUGGCAUUACAUUACAUUUAACCAGCACAAAAACACAACACAUGCUGGUCUUGCAGGUUUAGUAGCAUUAAUUAUGCUGGUCAUGCUGGUUCUAGGCCUAUAGUCAAAAGUAUAUAUACUUGUACCAUAUACUUAUGUGUCAGCCAGCAAAGAAUGUGUGUGUAAAUGUAGAGUGAUGGCUGAGAGCAGCAAAUUGAAUGAGGUUUCACUUUUGUUUAUGUUUGUUAAACUGAUGUAUUAGUAAAGCGUUGGUAUUUUCCUUGCGAAUGUUUUAAUGCAGUAACGAGCAAAGUUGUAGUUAAAUAGAGUCGUCUUCAACGUGACCCAUCCCAAACAACUCUGCUCACUGACACAAUGUAUUUCGUUUUUGGAGUUGGAAGAGCUCAGAGCCAUUGUCCGUUCUGAGCUGCUUUACAAACACAGCAGUGCAAGAUGGUGGAAAACUACCCAUUCCUUGAUUAGAUUUAAAAGGCUUUAUGUUUAAUUUCAGGCCAUUAUACUCUGAUAAAAACAUACUUAUACAGCGGGUAUCAUUUCACAUUAUUACACACAACUUUAUUUCUGAACUUUUUGGUUUUGGUUUCUUUGUUUGUAUUACUUGGGUUAUUCCCAUCAUCUGGUGAACAUUUCAUGUCAAUAGCUCCUUUGGAAAUAUAUUUACUGAGAAAAAUGGUGACGUGUUCAAUACUUAUUUCACCCGCUGUAUAUAUAUCAUAUUCUAUUUCUUAAUAUUUAGCAAUGCUCCUUUAAGAGAAGAAAUAUUUACAGAACUUGACGACAUGUUUUAAUUCAACCAGAUGAGGCUGUAGGUUUCCAUUACUGGGAAACAAAAGAAAAAAGCGUGUUACCACAUCACCCGAGACUUCAUGUGCAAUUGCCCCGCCUCUACAAUUGGCUUUCCCUUUUUGUCAACAUUUAAAGCUGCGUGCGCAACAAUAUCAGAUCAUUUAAAACCAAGCAGAACUUGGACAUUACUGAUUUUGUACCAGCGAAACUAAAGCAACAUCAAGAGCAAAAUCCAGCCACUCUAACUAAUAUUCAGAGAACUGCUGAGUGGAUGAAACAGCUAAUGAUGAGUGCUGGUCAGAGUGAAGCAACACUGAGGUCCAAACUGGAGGCCCUCCAGUGCCACUUUACUUGGAUUCUCGACCCCAAGAAGAACAAACUUUUACAUUUAAGGGACAAGCUGGUGGACAUCGGCACGGAGGAGGGAAACAGCUGGGUGGGUCACAUCUACAACCAGAGGGGGUUCAUUCAGUGCAAGCUGGGCUCCACCGAAGACGCCCUGAGUUUGUUCCUCCAGGCUGCAGAGGCCUUCCGCCAGAUGAGAGGGGCAGAUGAAGGUCCCUGGUUGGUGGUGAAUUACGGGAACCUGGCUUGGCUGCACCACCUCCUGGGAGACCAAGCAGAGAGCGAGGCUUACCUUUCAAAGGUCGACGUCCUGAAGAAGAAAUACCCAACUCCAUCGGAGGACGAGCUCCAUGCAGAGCUCUACGCUGAAAAAGCCUGGACCCUGAUGAAGUUUGGCAUAGAACGAGAGCUGAUGUCAGUUUACUUCCAGAAAGCCAUUAAGAUGCAGCCAGACAUGGUGGAGUGGAACACCAGUCACGUACUGUGCAGCAACUCAUGGUUAGACGCUGACGCCUUGGAGAAAAUAAGGGUCGCCCAAGAACAGGAUCCGGAGAACUUGCGCCUCGCAGUUUACUACCUUGAGGAACGCGCUAAGAAAGGGGAAAUGAUUGCAGAUGAAGCACGCCAGUUGGCUAGAAAGGUUUUGAGAAACCCUGUCAGUAGCUACAGUGGUCUAAAAGGGUUACUAAAGAUUUAUAGAAACCAUCUAUCAAUAGAGGAGGCCGUUGAUCUGGCAGAACAGGCUCUGGAAGAUCAUCCAGAGGAACGCUAUUUGAAGAGAUGUGCCGCACUCUACUAUAAAUGGUUAAUUUAUUUUAGCUACAGUCGACCAGAGCAGAGGACGCUGGACAGAGCAAUCAGUCUCCUUAAGGAGGUGAUUUCUCUAUACCCUCAUUGUUCGCUUAUGAAGAAAGUAGACCUCGCAAAUAUCCAUGCAAAGUCCAAUCACAGCAAGGAUGAAGCCGAGCAAAUCUACCAGGAGCUGCUAAAAAGUGAGCUGGAACCUGAAGACCAACAGCUCCUUUACAACAAUUAUGCUAAAUACUCAAAGUGUGAUCGAAGGGAGUACCAAAGGGCAAUAAGAUAUCACAUGAAGGUGGCGGCCAUACCACAUCAAUCCUCCUUCCGUAGGAACAGCAUUAAGAUUCUGGUGGAGGUUGUAGAGAGACACAGGGACCCAAUGUGGGGAGAAGUAGAGGAGUUUCUGGAAAACCUGCAAGAGCCAUAGUGUAACAAAUACCACCAUGUUCUUGUGGUCCAUUAAAGACCGACACAUCUUUAUUAUAGCAUUAAUAUAUGUUAUUAUAUCAUUGAUCGUAAUCAGGCCUCUCAAUUUCAACGACUUUAAGGGUUUCUACUGUUGAGAGGAUAGCAUAAUAUGCAAAAUUGUUAAUGUUGUUAGAUGAAGUUUUAAGGACGAUGAACCAUUAAGGGUUUAGGAUAGGAAAGAAGAGACACAUAAAUUCAAAGUGCCUAUGUUUUAACCUUAUAGGCAAGACCAUAUUCUGGAAUAUAUAUGAAAUACCUGCUCUGUAGUUUUAACUCUUAACCUAGGUAUUAUAAGAUAUAUGAAGUCAUCCUUAAUAACACACCAGGUGUUCUUUGUUUUCCUUUUUUUUUAUAUGUGCAUGUCAUCUAAGCCUGUAAAAUGCAAUAAAAUAUCUC